AAAACGUCGUUCCCCAACGUCAUUUCCGUGUCCAGUCAUCAAGCGUUCACAGCAGCUCUCUCCUGAACAAUGUUUAUUUAGUUAUCAGUUAAACAUACAGGUGAGACUACAAAGUUCUAACAUGGCGAGUUUCGUUCCUAAAAUGGACCUGGACUCGGUUCCUCUGACGGCUCUGAACGUGACGGUGAGGAAGAAGCUCGGACUUUACCUGAACCCCAAAAACACCGUCGCCGCGGACUGGACAGCUGUGGCUGAAGCCAUGGACUUUACCUACCUGGAGAUCAAGAACUAUGAGACCGUAAGGAGUCCCAUGGCAGGGGUUCUGGACGAGUGGCAGGCCCGAAAUAAAGAUGCCAGCGUGGGGAAGCUACUGUCGAUCCUGUUGAAGUUGGAGAGGGACGAUGUUGUGGAGGACCUUCGUCCGCUUAUUGAUGAGGAUGUCAGAAGAUACCGUGAGAAGAUGGCAGAACGUCCACUGCAGGUUCCUGAAGUGGACAGCUGUGUCCCCCGCACUCCUGAGAUGAGUGGCAUCACGCUGGAGGACGACCCUGAUGGGACUCCAGAGAAGUUUGACGCCUUCAUCUGUUACUGCCAUAGUGACUUGGAGUUUGUCCAUGAAAUGAUCCGACAGUUGGAAAACAGCAACUACAAGCUGAAACUUUGUGUGUUUGACAGAGACGUCCUGCCAGGGUCCUGUGUGUGGACCAUCACGAGUGAACUCAUUGAGCAAAGGUGUAGGAGGAUGGUGGUGGUGAUUUCUGAUGAAUACCUUGACAGUGAAGCCUGUGACUUUCAGACCAAGUUCGCCCUCAGCCUUGGUCCUGGAGCCGAGAAGAAACGUCUCAUUCCAGUGGUUUAUAAACCAAUGAAGAAGCCAUUCCCCAGAAUCUUGCGCUACAUCACCGUGUGUGACUACACCCGACAGUCCACACAGGCCUGGUUCUGGGAUCGUCUGGCAAAAUCUCUGUCGCUCCCUUAAUCAACCGACCAAGAGGCCUUUUUCCUGUCCAAUCACAUGACAGGAUAUUAUCACUUGUGAUGUCCUUGUCCUGCUGGCCUCCUCUGUCUGUGAUGGUUUGUGUGGUAUAAGCUGCGUUCUACCGUUUUUAUCUAUAUGCAGUAUUGAUUUUUGUACAUUAAUUAUUGCAAAGGUAAGUUGUCUGAGAUUAUACAGCACACAGCACUGUUUUUGUUUUAUUGCUACAUAUGUCUGUAUGCCACCACCUAUGAUUGUGGUUUGUACAUACACCUUGUAAAAAAUGUUUUUAAUGUCCUGUUUCACUUCCUGUCAUGAGUCUAUAUUUUAGAUGAGAUUGAAGUCUGAAGAGGAAGUCACGGUGUGGUUGGUCAGUGUGGUCAAAUUUCCUCAUGUUUUAUGUGUUCAGUGUUACUGUCGUUUACCUUUCUGUCUCAUUCUGUGUCACCACAGUGCCUUCACUUUUUAAAUGUUUUCUAGUCUUGAGAACAGUUUUUCUUUUUAAGAAAACGUUUUGUACAUUAUUGAAUUGAUUAAAUUACUUUUUAAAAAUAAA